AUGAAGUUUGAGAUGUUCAAGCAGAUCGUGGCUGAUUUUUCGGACAUCGCGGACUUUGUCGUUGUUUACGUCAGAGAGGCGCAUCCCAUUGACGGAUGGAGCGUUUUAGGAUCCAAAUAUUCUCACCUCUCUUCUCACACGUCUCAGGAAGAACGAUUAGACGCCGCUCGACUGUUGUUAGACGAGGACUGUCCGUGUCCACUACUCAUUGACACCAUGGACAAUGCUGGCGCCAUCCAAUACGCCGCCGUUCCUGAAAGGCUGUUCAUAAUUUAUGAUGACGUCAUUCAAUAUGCAGGCCAAGGCGCAGGCCCAGAGAACUACAAACUGGAAGCUGUCGUUCAAUGGUUGACAAAGUACCGUAAAGAUACAUAA